AUGGCCGAUCAGGAACAACCUUCCACUCCUAACCCCGACUCUCCUAAGCCAAAGCGUGCCCCUCCCAAAUUGGGCAAGAAGUCCCCCGCCAAACAAGAGCAGACCCCUCCCCCCUCUGAGCAAGGUCAAGAGGAAAACAAAGACGAUAGUCAAGAAAACAACUCCGAUUCCAAGCCUGAAGAGCCCCAGCAAGAGCCCGAGUCUGAACAAAAGCCCGAGCCCGAACAAAAGCCUGAGCCUGAGCCUGAGCCAAAACAACAAGAGCCAGACUCUGAGCCCGAACAAAAAGAGGCCGAACCCGAACCCGAACCCCAGCCUAAGCCCGAACGUCGUCGACGCAAACCUCGUCGUCAAGAAGCAGACGUCGAAUCAGUCCAAAUGGAAGACGAGAAGCCUCAACGUCGCGUCCGCCGACAGCGCCAGCCCAAGCAACAACAACAAGACGGCGGACCUCUAGGCGGCCUCCCCGGUGUCGGUGGUGUCGACCAAGCCGGCCAGCUUGUGCAGAACACAGCAGGUAAUGCGCUCAACGGCGCCACCGGCAGUGCAGGCAAAGCCGUAGGAGGGAUCCUAGGCGGCGGCGAAGACAAGAAGGAAGACGACGAUGGAGGUCGGGACGAGCAGCUGCGCUUGCGACUGGACCUUAAUCUGGAUAUCGAGGUUCAGCUCAAGGCGAAGAUCCAUGGUGAUUUGACAAUCGGAUUGCUUAAUUAA